AUGCAGGAAAUGAAUGUGGACCUUGCUUGUGAUCUAAACACUUUCGUGAAGCCAAAGGAAAAUCUAACUGCCAAGAGGAAAUAUGUUAGAAGGAAAGUAGUGAACAAGGGUUCUGCUCCUCCGAGAGAAGUGACUGGAAAACUGACUAAAGAAAAGAUGUCUGAAUCUGCCCACAUUUCAUGUACAGCGUCUCUCAAUUUUGAUGAAAGAGCAAUAGAUCAAGGUUAUGCAGUCAAGAAAAAUCCAGCUAUAAGUCCAGGAAGUGAUACUAGUGUAGUCAUGAAGGAAAUGAGUGUAGGCCUUGCCUAUGAUCAAAGCACUUCCGUGAAGCAGGCAUUAAAUGACAACAUGACAUUACCUAAAAACACAGAAGCCCCAAUUACAUCAUCAAAAAUCAAUCCCCCUGGUACAAAGACAAAAGAAAACACGACUGGCAACUGGAAGACUGCAAGGAAAGAAGUAUUGAAUUUGUUUCCCACUCCAACAGAAUUGACUGAAAAAACGAUGCUUGAAUCUAACAAUAUGUCAAAGAACUUAUAUUUUGACAUGCGAACUAGAAGAAAAAGCUCCGAGACAAAGCCAGAGGAAAACCAAACUGGCCGAUGGAAAUAUGUGAGAACUCCUCCAAUAAAAGUGCCUAGAGAAUUGACUAAAGAAAAGAUGUCUGCAUUUGCUCAAACACCAUGGACAUGGUCUGGAAAAUUUGAUGAGAGAGCAAGAUAUCAAAGUUAUGUAGUCAAGAGGAAGUAUAUGAGAAGGAAACGAGUGAACAAGACUUCUGCUCCUCCAAGAGAAGUGACUGGAAAUGAAAGAGAAAGAGAUCAAAAUAUGCAUUCAAAGAGAAUUCAACUAGCGCGAGAUCAAAGUUAUGCAAUCAAAGAGAAUACAGCUGUAGGCAGUGGAAUUGGUGUAGUAAUGCAGGAAAUGAAUGUAAACCUUGCAUGUGAUCUCAUUACUUCCUUGAAGCUAGAGGAAAAUCCAACUGGCAAGAGGAAGUAUAUGAGAUGGAAACGUGUGAACACAACUGUUGCUCCUCCAAGAGAAAUGACUGGAGAACAGACUAAAGAAAUGAUGUUUGAGUCCGCCCAAAUUUCAUGUACUGGUUCCCUAAAUUUUUAUGAAGCAGCAAGAAAUCAAAGCUAUGCAGUCAAGGAGAAUCCAACUGUACUUCUGGGAAGAGAAAUUGGUAUAGUCAUGCAAGAAAUGAACGUAGGCCAUCUAAACACUUCCAUGAAGCAGGCAUUAAAUGAUGACAUGACAUUACCAAAGGACACACAAUCCCAAAGUACAACUUCAAAAUUCAAUCUCCCUGGGGAUAAAAACAAAAGAAAACCUGGCUGGCAAGAAGAAGAAUGUGAGAAAAAAAAAGAUUGA